UCUCUGGUUGUCCCGUUGAAACCAUCUUAGACCUGAAACAUGUCGUUCGACGGCGGCGGUGGCGGCGCUAACACAGACGGUGCAAACACAGACGGCGCGACCAAUAAGGAUUUCUUUUGCUACCAAUGUAACCGUACGGUGACCAUAACAAUCACCCCUUCAGCUGACCCGUCUUGUCCAAUAUGCAACGAGGGAUUCCUCGAAGAAUACGAAAACCCUAGCCUUUAUCCAGGUUCCACCUUCCAAAACCCGAAUCCGAAUCCGAACCCAAACGAUCCCUUACUGUCGGUAUCGGAUCCGUUCUCUGCCUUUCUCCCCCUCCUUUUUCCUUCUUCUUCCACAACUCCUUCUUCACCAUCCCCUGCUUCAAUUGACCUUCAUAACCCCAACCUAUUUGGACCGACCCGGUCAGGCCGAGGUGACCCAUUCUCUUUCGAUCCGUUUACCUUCAUCCAAAAUCAUCUUAACGAUCUCCAUUCAAGAGGAGCCCAAAUCGAGCUCGUGAUCCAGAAUAAUCCCUCCGAUCCGGGCUUUCGGCUUCCAGCAAACCUCGGGGAUUAUUUCAUCGGACCCGGGCUCGAGCAACUGAUUCAACAGCUAGCCGAAAACGAUCCCAACCGGUACGGGACCCCACCGGCAUCUAAAUCAGCCAUUGAAGCGCUGCCUACGGUGAAGAUAGCGAAGAACAACCUGAAUUCAGAGUUCAACCAGUGCGCGGUUUGUAUGGACGAGUUCGAGGAAUGGACUGAAGCGAAGCAAAUGCCCUGUAAGCAUCGUUAUCACAAAGAUUGCAUAUUGCCGUGGCUGGAAAUGCAUAAUUCGUGCCCUGUGUGUCGUCACGAGUUGCCUACUGAUGAUCCUGAUUAUGAGGGGAGGGUUUAUGGGGCACAGAGUACUGCUGGAGGUAACGACGACAAUAGUAGCGAGGGUGAUAAUGGCCAGAGGUCUGAGGAUAAUCAGACGGUGGAGAGGAGUUAUAGGAUAUCGCUGCCUUGGCCGUUUCGGGGCCGUGGGUCUGGUUCAGGAUCAGGUGAUAAUGCGCAGACCAGGCAAGAAGAUUUGGAUUGAGAAAUACUGAAAUGCUGUAAAAUAUCAGCUUUUCUUCCAUGAGACAUGGUCAUAGAACAACCUCUUCCAGUGUCUGGAAAUCAGAGUAUGUUUAGUUAAACAUGAAGAAUUACAUUUAUCGUGGUUGCAUUCCAAGAAAGUCAUGGUUUUGGCAUAUGGUAUUUUAUGUAUAUCUGAAUUCAUUUUAGAGCUUUGUUGUUGUACGAGGGAUUCAAUUACGCUUUCCAUACAUUGUUUGUUGUAUAGAUUCUUUGGUCCUUUGCCCAAAUAUGAAAACUAUU